GGCUCUCGUUUGGCCCCUGCGGGCCACCGUCGCCACCCUGGCAUUCCGCCGCCGGUUUGGCUGAGCUGGCUCGGCUCUGGCGGCUCUGAGCGGCGUCACAGUCGGACCGUGGGCGCCCGCUGGCCUAUGGCGGCGGGGGCGACGACAGCGAUGGCCCCCUGAGCCGGCGACAGCAACUAGCAGCGGCCGGGCGGAAUCCGCGGCACAAUCGGCGUCGGGGCGGAGGCCGGGUCGCGCCUCUUUGUCUCCGGGCGGAAGUGGGACGUGCGGCGGGGACGCGGUGGCCGCACCAUGAGCGACAUCCGUCACUCGCUGCUGCGCCGCGACGCGCUGAGCGCCGCCAAGGAGGUGCUGUAUCACCUGGACAUCUACUACAGCAGCCAGCUGCAGAGCGCGCCGCUGCCCAUCGUGGACAAGGGCCUCGUGGAUCUGCUGGAGGAGUUCGUGUUCCAGGUGCCCAAGGAGCGCGGCUCGCAGCCCAAGAGACUGAAUUCCCUUCAGGAGCUUCAGCUUCUUGAAAUCAUGUGCAAUUAUUUCCAGGAGCAAAGCAAGGACUCCGUUCGGCAGAUCAUUUUCUCAUCCCUUUUCAGUCCCCAGGGCAACAAAGCCGAUGACAGCCGGAUGAGCUUAUUGGGAAAGCUGGUCUCUAUGGCAGUGGCUGUGUGUCGGACCCCUGUCUUGGAAUGUGCGGCCUCCUGGCUCCAGCGGACACCUGUGGUCUACUGUGUGAGACUAGCCAGGGCCCUUGUGGAUGACUACUGCUGUUUGGUGCCAGGCUCCGUGCAGACACUGAAGCAGAUAUUCAGUGCCAGCCCCCGUUUCUGCUGCCAGUUCAUAACGUCCGUGACUGCCCUCUAUGACCUAUCCUCAGAUGACCUCAUCCCACCGUUGGACUUGCUUGAAAUGAUUGUCAACUGGAUUUUCGAGGACCCGAGGUUAAUUCUCAUCACUUUUUUAAAUACACCGAUCGCUGCCAACCUACAGAUAGGCUUUUUAGAGCUUACCUCCCUCAUUGGGCUGAUUCGCUGGUGUGUGAAGGCUCCUCUGGCAUACAAGCGAAAGAAACCCAGCCUGCCCAAUGGCCACAUCGGUCACAAGGUAGCCAAGGACUCUGGUGCGGGUACGGACAGAGACUCCCACCUGCUCUACUCGAAGCUCCACCUCAGCGUCCUGCAGGUUCUCAUGACACUGCAGUUGCACCUGACUGAGAAGAAUCUGUACGGGCGCCUGGGGCUCAUCCUGUUUGACCACAUGGUCCCACUAGUAGAGGAGAUCAACAGGCUAGCUGAUGAACUGAACCCACUAAAUGCCUCCCAGGAGAUCGAGCUUUCAUUAGACCGACUGGCCCAGGCUUUGCAGGUGGCCAUGGCUUCUGGAGCCCUGCUGUGCACGAGAGAUGACCUGAGAACCCUGUGCUCCAGGCUGCCCCAUAACAACCUGCUCCAGCUGGUGAUCUCGGGCCCAGUGCAGCAGUCGCCACACACAACACUCCCCCCUGGAUUCUACCCACACAUCCACACACCCCCGCUGGCCUAUGGAGCUGUGCCAGCCCACCCAGCUGCCCACCCCGCCCUGCCCACACACCCUGGGCACACCUUCAUCUCAGGCGUGACCUUUCCAUUCAGGCCCAUUCGCUAGGCCAGCUCCUCCAAGCAGCCUAGCAGCUGUGUGCCUUGCACCUGGGCCCAGGAAGGAAGCCUUUGGAGAAAAGAGUGGGGCUGGCCUCACAGAGGAGGACCUUAUGGAGGCAAUAGGCAGUCCCUCCAGUUGGCAGAACCUUCUUGGUACCGAAAUUCCAAAUCACUGUCGCCUGGGUGCCGCCUACCUGGUCACCUUAAAUAUCCAGAGUGGAUGGAUGGAAGGGACUCAUGCAGCCCUCUGCAGAGAGCAGUGCGGGGCAUUUAAACAUGCCAACCCCAGAGCGACUUCUGUGUCACUCAGACACUCUCAGAGUCCCUGUGCCCAGGAACACUGGCUGAGAAGCCGCCCCUGCCUGUUCAUUCACCUGGCCUCAGGCGCAUGAUGUGUCUCUGCCACCACAGGCAAGCUGUGUGAGUGCAGAGCAGGGACGGCAAGACCCAUGCUUGUAAUGCAGCACUGGGCACUGCUCUCAGGGACACCUGUUGGGGUUCUCCAUCACCUUGAAAAGGAAUCUGUUUUAUUGGGGGGGCUCUCAAUUUUCCUUUCAUAUGUUCAAAUAAAUUUUUUUCUAAACAGUU